AUGGCUCCCCGUCAAUUCGAUCCCACUUUCACCCCCUCUGUCAUCAAUGGCAUGGGUCCCAAGACUCCCGAGCGUGCUCGUGUUGUUCUGGGCUCUCUGAUCAAGCACAUCCACGACUUUGCUCGUGAGGUCGAGCUCACCUCCGCCGAGUGGAUGCUCGGUGUUGAGUUCAUCAACUCCAUCGGACAGAUCAGCACUCCCAUCCGUAACGAGGGCCACCGCAUUUGCGAUGUUAUCGGCCUUGAAUCCCUUGUCGAUGAGAUCGCCAACAAGAUCAUCACCGAGGACGGUGUCUCCCCCACCUCCAACGUUAUCCUCGGACCCUUCUGGUCCCCCAACGCCCCCUUCCGCGCUCUCGGCGACAGCAUUAUCCAGGACCCCAAGCCCAAUGGUCGUGUCACUUUCAUGCACGGUGCCAUUAAGGAUAUGGAGACCGGCAAGCCGAUCGCCGGUGCCGUCCUCGACAUCUGGCAAGCUUCCGCCAACGGCCAGUACGAUUUCCAGGACCCCACCCAGAGCGAAAACAACCUGCGCGGCAAGUUCACCUCCAACGAGAACGGAGAGUUCAACUGGUACUGCUACCACCCCACUCCCUACUCUUUGCCCACCGACGGCCCCGCCGGUGUCCUCCUCGGCCUCAUGGACCGCUCCCCCAUGCGUCCCGCCCACAUCCACUUGAUGAUCACCCACCCCGAAUACGCCACCGUCAUCAACCAGAUCUACCCCAGCGAUGACCCCCACCUUGCCAUUGACUCCGUCUUCGCCGUCAAGGAUGAUCUCGUUGUGGACUUCAAGCCCAAGACCGAUGACCCCAAGGCCACCCUCGACCUGGAGUACAACGUCAAGAUGGCUCUCAAGAAGCACCACCCCAACCCCAACUCCGCUCCCCCCGUGUCCUCCUUCGAGCGCCACGCCAAGGCGGCUGCUGGCAAGCUCUAA